UACAAGGUGGCACUUGUAGUGUCAAUACUGCAGAUCAUCCUCGUACAAGAAAGUGGCACUUGUAGUGUCAGUACUGCAGAUCAUCCUGGUACAAGAAGGUGGCACUUGUAGUGUCAAUUCUGCAGAUCAUCCUGGUACAAGAAGGUGGCACCUGUAGUGUCAGUACUGCAGGUCAUCCUGGAACAAGAAGGAUGCACUUGUAGUGUCAAUACUGCAGGUCAUCCUGGUACAAGAAAGUGGCACUUGUAAUGUCAAUACUGCAUGUCAUCCUGGUACAAGAAGGUGGCACUUGUAGUGUCAGUACUGCAGGUCAUCCUGGUACAAGGUGGCACUUGUAGUGUCAGUACUGCAGAUCAUCCUGGUACAAGAAAGUGGCACUUGUAGUGUCAGUACUGCAGGUCAUCCUGGUACAAGAAGGUGGCACUUGUAGUGUCAGUACUGCAGAUCAUCCUGGUACAAAAGGUGGUACUUGUAGUGUCGAUACUGCAGGUCAUCCUGGUACAAGAAGGUGGCACUUGUAGUGUCGGUACUGCAGGUCAUCCUGGUACAAGGUGGCACUUGUAGUGUCAAUACUGCAGAUCAUCCUCGUACAAGAAAGUGGCACUUGUAGUGUCAGUACUGCAGAUCAUCCUGGUACAAGAAGGUGGCACUUGUAGUGUCAAUUCUGCAGAUCAUCCUGGUACAAGAAGGUGGCACCUGUAGUGUCAGUACUGCAGGUCAUCCUGGUACAAGAAGGUGGCACUUGUAGUACCAUCAUCAAUGUCAGAGAACUCGUGUAAGUUCUGACUAUACAGUAAUGUAUAUAUCGUGACAACAGUAACCACAGUGUUAAUACAAUGACAGUACUAAUUACAGUGUUAAUACAGUGACAAUAACUAGUUUUAUUACAGUGACAAUAACUAGUUUUAAUACAGUGAAGACACUAAUAUGGUGCUUAUUCAGUGACAACACUGUAACAACAGUGUUGGUACUACAAUACUUUGAAUGCCAACAAGUGUCAUUACAUUAAUGUAUCAUAAAUAUCUAAAUAUUUGCUAAUAUCAUCCUUCCUAUUCCUCAAACACUAUUACCCCUUCAUGUUUAGUGCUUGCUAUACUUAAAAUAGUUGAAUAAUACAAGAAUAUUAGUUUUCUCUUUAACAAAAUAUUCUCAAAUUUCCCCUGGUUAAACAAUUUAAAAAUGAGAAUUUAUUGUUCACUAUGUCUAAAAUACCUGAAAAACAGUUUGUUGAGACAACACAAUGUACAGUUGUUCAUGUAGGAGACCAAUUAUAUCAACAUUCACACUCAUCACUAAAACAAUCUUCACAACAACCUCUAUGUGGAUAUCAGACCAGAUUUAUCAUAGGCAGAACAACACUUCAGUGUUCAGUGUGUCUAAAAGAGUUUUCUGAAAAAUAUAAUUUAGUCAUUCACAUGAGAACUCAUACUGGAGAGAAGCCAUAUAAGUGUUCAGAAUGUCUGAAAGACUUUUCUCAAAAAUCAAGCUUAGUAAGCCAUAUAAGAACUCAUACUGGAGAGAAGCCAUAUCAGUGUUCAGAAUGUCUGAAAGACUUUUCUCAAAAAUCAAGCUUGCUAAGCCACAUAAGAACUCAUACUAGAGAGAAGCCAUAUCAGUGUUCAGAAUGUCUGAAAGACUUUUCUCAAAAAUCAAGCUUAGUAAGUCACAUGAGAACUCAUACUGGAGAGAAGCCAUAUCAGUCUUCAGAAUGUCUGAAAGACUUUUCUGAUAAAUCAAAUUUAUUAAGUCACAUGAUAACUCAUACUGGAGAGAAGCCAUAUCAGUGUUCAGAAUGUCUGCAAGACUUUUCAAGAAAAUCACAUUUAGAAAGUCACAUGAGAAUUCAUACUGGAGAGAAGCCAUAUCGUUGUUCAGAAUGUCUGAAAGACUUUUCUGAAAAAUCAAGCUUAGUAAGCCACAUAAGAAUUCAUACUGGAGAGAAACCAUAUCAGUGUUCAGAAUGUCUGAAAGACUUUUCAAGAAAAUCACAUUUAGUACGUCACAAGAGAAUUCAUACUGGAGAGAAGCCAUAUCAUUGUUCAGAAUGUCUGAAAGACUUUUCUGAAAAAUCAAGCUUUUUAAGUCACAUGAGAACUCAUACUGGGAAGAAGCCAUAUCAGUGUUCAGAAUGCCUGAAAGAUUUUUCUCAAAAAUCAAACUUAGUACGUCACAUGAGAACUCAUACUGGGGAGAAGCCAUAUCAGUGUUCAGAAUGUCUGAAAGACUUUUCUCAAAAAUCAAGCUUAGUAAGUCACAUGAGAACUCAUACUGGGAAGAAGCCAUAUCAGUGUUCAGAAUGUCUGAAAGGCUUUUCUAGGAAACAACAUUUAAAGAGUCACUUGAGAUCUCAUACUGGAGAGAAGCCAUAUCAGUGUUCAGAAUGUCUGAAAGACUUUUAUGAAAAAUCAAAGUUGGUAUGUCACAUGAGAACACAUUCUAGAGAGAAGGCAUAUCAGUGUUCAGAAUGUCUGAAAGACUUUUCUGAAAAAUCAAAAUUAGUAAGUCACAUGAGAACUCAUACUGGGGAAAAGCUUCAUCAGUGUUCAGAAUGUCUGAAAGAUUUUUCUCAAAAAUCAAACUUAGUACGUCACAUGAGAACUCAUACUGGGGAGAAGCCAUAUCAGUGUUCAGAAUGUCUGAAAGACUUUUCUGAAAAAUCAAAAUUAGUAAGUCACAUGAGAACUCAUACUGGAGAGAAGCCAUAUCAGUGUUCAGAAUGUCUGAAAGACUUUUCUAAAAAAUCAUACUUAGUAAGUCACAUGAGAGCUCAUACUGGGGAGAAGCCAUAUCAGUGUUCAGAAUGUCUGAAAGGCUUUUCUGUUAAAAAAAAUUUAAAGAAACACUUUAGAUCUCAUUCUGGAGAGAAGCCAUAUCAUUGUUCAGAAUGUCUGAAAGAUUUUUCUGAAAAAUCAGCCUUAGUAAGUCACAUGAGAAUUCAUAUGGGGGAGAAGCCAUAUCAGUGUUCAGAAUGUCUGAAAGGCUUUUCUAAAAAAUCAAGCUUAGUGAGUCACAUGAGAACUCAUACUGGGGAGAAGCCAUAUCAGUGUUCAGAAUGUCUGAAAGGCUUUUCUGAAAAAUCAAACUUAGUAAGUCACAUGAGAACUCAUACUGGGGAGAAGCCAUAUCAGUGUUCAGAAUGUCUGAAAGGCUUUUCUAGGAAACAAGAUUUAAAGAGACACUUGAGAUCUCAUACUGGAGAGAAGCCAUAUCAGUGCUCAGAAUUUAGAAAGUCACAUUAGAAGUCGUACUAAAGAGAAAGCUUUGCCAGUGUGGGUGUCAUAUGUUAUGUGCUAAUAUUUCUUCCUCUACCAACACUGAUAUUAAUCCUUUCACUGUCGGUCCCAUAGUAUUAUGACUUGCAAAACUGUGUCGGUCCCGUAAUACUAUGCCAAAGUUCUAGCACCUUAAGAUCUGGUGGGGGAAAGCUGGUUGAUCUACCGAUGAGAGAAUGGGUCUGAGUGGUCAGUGUACACUGUAUAAACAAAAUCCUACAGAAUGCAGUGCAUAAUGAGAAGUAAAAAACUAAAUUUAUUGGUUUAAAACAGUGAGUUUAAGGUGUAUUUUCGUAUGGUAUUGAUGGUUGUAUUCUCAUUUUCUUGGUCUCAUUUGAUAGAAUGGAAGAUGUAUAGUAGGGCUCCACUUAUAUGGCAGGUUAGGUUCCAGGCUACUGCCUUAACCCUUUCAGGGUUUCGGACGUACUAGUACGGCUAAAUUCUAGCGCCCUCAGAUCUAGUGAGAGAAAGCUGGUAGGCCUUCAUAUGAAAGAAUGGGUCUAUUUGGUCAAUGUGCACAGUAUAAAAAAGUCCUGCAGCAUACAGUGCAUAAUGAGAGAAAAAAACUUAGACCGUGUUUUUGGAUUAAUACAGCAACUUUGCACUGUAUUUUUGUAUGGUAUUUAUUGUUGUAUUCUAGUUUUCCUGGUCUCAUUUUAUAUAAUGAAAGACAUAUUACAGAAAUUGAGAUGAUUUUUUACUGGUUUUACAAUGGAAAGUACCUUGAAAUUGAGCUCAAAGUAGCAGAGAUGUUCGAUUUUUACCAAAGUUCAAAAGUAUACAAAUCAUGCUACGAGUCCAAUACACAUCAACUGGUGAGUCUCAUAUUCUUUCACAAGUGCACCGAUAUUAUUUAUACCAUUUCUACAAUAAUGCAGUAGUCUGCAUAACACUAAAUCUAUUUUUUGUGAGAAAAAAAAUUCAAAGUGGAAAGCAAAAGAAUGUAAGAGGGGUGUGGGGACAUGAAUAAUGAACAGAGGAAAUGUUAUUUUAGUGCCAGGAAUGUCUUUCUUGUUUAUUCUGGACCCUAUUCGGAAAUUGGCAUCUUUUGAAAUUUGUGUGAAAUUGGCAAAAUUGCUAAAUUCUGACCACUUUAUUAGAUGGUUGAAAUUGGUAAAUGGGUGGUUUCUUGUAAUCAUUCAAUAGAAAAAAUGGAGUUCUAGCAAAAUAGGUAUGAUUUUUGUCGACUAGUACACUGGAAUUGGCCGAAAAUAGGGCUCAAAGUGGGCAAAAUCGUCGAUGCGUAAACAUCAUCGAGACUGCUAAAUUCACGAGAGCAUAAUUCCAUAAGUUUUCCAUCAAAUUUCAUACUUUUGGUGUCAUUAUGAUUGGGAAAAGAUUCUCUAUAUUUUCAUAAGAUUUUUUUUUUUUUUUUUUUUUUUUUGAAAAUUUUUUGACCCUGAGAACAAGUCUGGGAGAGGGCCUGGCGACCCUGAAAGGGUUAAAGUGGAAAUCACCAUAAAGUGGAACACCCUUUUUUUUUCUCACUUACAAAUGCAUGUAAAUACUAGGUAACAAGUAUACACUAACAUAUAUUAAGUUAGUAAUAGAACUAGGCAUUAAAAAACAAUAAAAACUUAAAUUACACAUAUAGUGCACUCAUUGCUUACCUUGAAAUAUUUGUAGUCUGUAGUCUUAAUCUAGGGUGAGAUGAGUAGUAUUUAUUGUAAGAAACGAAGUGUGGUACUUAUGGUAGCCAGCCAGGCUACCAUACCAGGCCUCGCCCACAACCAAUGUUCUUUAACAUUUAAGUGUCCUGAUGGAUAAAAUGCAUAUACAGGUCACUCAUUACUUACCUUAAAAUAUUUGUAGUCUUAAUGUAGAAUCAGAGGUGAGUAAACAAGAUACAAUGAAUAAAUGAGAGAGAGAGAGAGAGAGGAGAGAAUAAGUACAUGAAAGAGGACAGGCACAGAGUUAUGUAAGCAGUCCAGGUGUAUGCAAGUUUAGUAAACAAUCCAGGUAUACGCAAGUUUAAUAAGCAAACCAGGUGAACACAUCUGGUUUGUGUACAAGUUACAUUGUGUAUGCAUCGUCUCUAUGUUAAUACAGUAGAAUAAAUAAAGAAGAACACUCCCAUUCUCAUGUAACAACAGUUUUAGAAGAAAUGGCACUGAGUGAAUGCAUAUGAAAGGAACUGUGCCUUCCUCCCCUGUCCCCUCCCAAGUUUCUUCCUCUUCUGCCCCCUCCUAGGUUUCUGCCUCUUCUGUUCUCUCCCACACUUCUUCUUCAGUUCCCUCCACCUUUUUG